GACUAUGAAAAAUCUAGUGAAAAAGGAACUAUACUGAAUCCACGAGAACACCCCGAUAAUAUCCAUAAAUGACUUGUUUUUGGUAAGAGGUGUACAUCACUCACACGAUCAAAAGAAAGCAGCUACGGGUUCAGUCGUUACAUAAGGUAUUGUUGAAGAUGUCAUUAGAAAUCAUAUAAAGACAAUUCCUAUUUAAUAUAGUUAUUUGUGCAAGUAUUUUACGAUUAAGGAGCAAUUGUCCCUUAUACAAAUUGUUUAUUAAUCUACUAUAACUGAACUCCUUUUAUUUGUAGGAGCACAUCUUGCAUUUGUCGAUUAUGUUAUGGCCGAAGUCCGCAAAUUCCAUUUGUGUAUGGACUACUGGGAAAGAUAGGGUACUCGAUUGGAUUUGGAGAUCUCGGAGGUUAGGAAUUUGCCAAUCGUAGCCCCGCCCUGCCCGAAGAGAGCGGACCUUUCAAACAAAGGAUUGAGAAAGCAUUCCCUAGCUAGCAAAGGAUGGCUCGUUAGCAGGAAGAAGAGAUUCGUUUAAGGCUUCCAAUCUGAAAAAAGAAUUGAUAGCUUGUACUUCGGUUGUAUCAAUUAUCAUUUUAACGAUCAACUUCUCCCAUAAUAAUAUCUAUGCAAAUCCAAAGUGCUAUCUCGAUACAGAGGCCACAAAGCACAUGACUUCCUUUGUUGGCUCCUACUCUACCAGACGUUGGCCGGCUUCGCGAGACCUUUUCGAUCUACACAUGGCUAAGCUCUAUUAGGUGCUGGCUUAUCGAAGCCAAUCCCGUACUUGAUAAGAUCAGCAAUAAACACCUGCCUUUCCAAAUUCGGGAGUCCAAGAGUUUUACCGGAUAAAGACCGGAUAAGAGAGCUCAACACCAAAAACUUAAGGGUAAUUUGCAUAAACGGUCACAAACCUUUGCACUUAGUACAAAACUUAACCAACUCCUCACCCUUUAAGGCCUUAGGCCACUCAAAUCCCACAAUCUCAAUGUAAAAUCAAGACCGAAUUGGGACCGGACCGGAUCAAAACCGGACCGGAUCAAGACCGGACUGUAUCCAAUCCAAUCUUCGGUUCUUAUAGCCAAUUUGGGCCUGGACUGGAUCAAUUUGGGCCAAUUUAACCGGACCGGAUUGUAUAGCCAACCCUAGAAAACCCUAUACCUUGAUCCAUUCUCAUUAAUCUCAUGCCUUUUAUAAGUUGGAUCAAGAUACAAUAAGACAAUCCAGCUUUACACAUUUUGUCCGUUAGCUUGGACUGGAAAAAAGCUCAAACCUCAAGCAAAAUAAGACUAAGGAAAGAUGAGAUAACGACAGCUUAGUGAGUAAGUGGAAAAUUCAAGAGAAAAGAUAUGGAAACGACGACACAAGGGAUCUCCUUCUUCCUUGAUAAAUAUGAAGCAGCUUGAGAAUUUUGGCUUGAAGCUUUUCACAGGUGAGAUGGCAAUCGAGUUCGAUGUGCUUUGUGUGCUCGUGGAGAGUCUGAUUCUCAACAAUGUAAAUAGCACUUUGAUUGUCACAUUAGAUAUUUGUCAGCUGAGGAUGAAGCACCUGAAAGUCGCACAACAUGUAGAGCAACCAUUGAACCUCACAAGCAGUAAAGGAAAUGGGUAUAUAUUCUGCCUCGCAAGAAGAUCUGGAGACUGACUGUUGCUUCUUAAUUUUCUAUAAAAUCAAGGAAUUACCAAGGUAAACACAAUACCCUGUAAUUGAGCGCCUUGUGUCAACACAUGAUGCCCAAUCCGAGUAUGAGAAAGCUCUCAGUUGAAUUGACCUUCAAGAAAAAAAUUCCUAUAGCAAGAGUUGAUUUCAAGUAUCUUAAGAUCCUGAGAAUGACCUUUUAGUGAAUGAUGCUAGGAUUGCCCAUUUAAUGACUUACUUAAUGUGUGGCAAAGCUAAUGUCGGCCUAGUUGUUGUUAGAUAAAUCAGCAUGCCAACAAGAUUUUUAUAAUGCUCUGGAUCUUCAUAGGGUGUGUCACAUUGAUUGUUGAGAUGUAUUUUUUAGUCCAUUGGUGUAGAUACAUGUCGAGAAUCCAAUAAAUCUUCCUCUUCUAUGAUCUCGAGUGCAUAUUUUCUCUGGGAUAAAUGAAUGCCCUGCUUGUUUUUUGCUACUUCCUUCCCUAAGAAGAAUCUCAAGGUAUCCAAAUCUCUGAUAUUGAACUCAAAGUGAAGAACUUCUUUCAAUUCUUAAAUGUCGGUAAGUCAUUGCCUCCAAUAACUAGAUCAUCAACAUAGAUUAAGAUGCAAGUAUUACUAGAAUAAGUUUCCUAGUAAAACAAAGAGUGAUAUGCCUUGCUUUGAAUGUAACCAACAUGUUGCAUCUUAUCAGUUAAUUUGGAAAACCAUUGUCUGGAAGCUUGUUUGAGGCCGUAUAAUGAUUUUCUAAGAUGAUAGACAGGAUUGUCAAAUCCUGGUGGGGGAUCAUAACCUUUGAGUAAGGUCAUAUAGACUUCCUCAUGGAGAUCACCAUGGAGGUAGGCAUUGUUAACAUCAAGUUGAUGAAUAUGCCAAUUUGUCAUAGUGACAAUGGCUAGCAAGGUUCUGACAGCAGUCAUUUUGAUGAAAUUUGAUACGAUAAACCCACUUAUUUCUUAUAACCUUUUUCCUGGAGGUAAGUUAACCACAUCCCAUGUCUGAUUUUGAAUCCGUGCUUUGAUAUCAUGUUUUCUGGCUUUGUUCCAUUCAUCUAAUUGUGAGGCUUCCUUGUAUGUGUUGGUUCAUGAUAGGAUGAAAUACUGAUAACAAACUUUCUGGGAAAUGGGGUAUGUUUAUCAUAAGAAAUGAUAGUUGAAAGGGUAUACCUUGUGUCUAGAAUGUGAUACUGAAGGGAAUGACUUAUGCUGCUAGAUUGUUGGAACAGGUAACAAUGAUAGUUUUGGUCCACGUGAGCAGGUGGUUUUAUGUAUGUUGAUCAGAUUUUUCAAGAGCUGGAGGAUUAUUGUUUGGUGAUUGUGGCAGACUUGGUUCCGGAGAAGGAUUUGUAUGAGAAGUCUGGGAUGAAUGUGAGGAACUAGGGGAAUAGUUAUCAUUGGAUUGGGUUGGAGUUGAGUCAAUAUGUGUAGAAGGAAUGAUUUGUGGUUGGGGAAACUAUGAUGGUGGAUUAGGAGGAGUAUCAUCAAAGAUAGGAGAUGUAGAAGUUGGUAGAGGAAAGAAAAUAUAUGAGUCUGAAUUGUCUGUGGCAGUUUGGUGAAUGAUUUUGAAGAGAAAGUGAGAUCAUAGAAUAUGACAUCUCUGGAAACAAAAACAUCAUGUGUGGCAAUAUCAUAGAUUUUGUAACAUUUGAUUCCUCCUAAGUAACUCAGAAAGACUCAUUUUCUAGCUCUAAGUUUGAACUUUGUUAUGUGAUUGACUAUAAUAGACACAAAGAAUAAACAGCCAAACACCUUCAAGUCAAUCAAAUCAGGUGGCGUGGUAUGAAGUUUUUCAUGAGGAGUUUGAUUGUUUAGAACUGAAGAAUGAACUUUGUUAAUGAGAUAAACUGUGUGUUUAACGCAGUCAGCCCAGAAUCCAGGUGGCAGAUUAGCCUAGAACUUUAGAGCUCUAGCAACAACAAGGAUAUGCUUAUGCUUUUUCUCUCAACUUUGAUAUUCUAUUGUGGUGUUUAACACAGGACAUCUCAUGAACUAUCCCACUAGAUUCAUAAAAUUUUCCAUUUGAAAUUCUCUCCUUUGGUCACUCCCAAUCCUUUUAAUUUGGGACUGAAACUGGCUUUACAUUUUGUUGCAGAAUGCAAUCAACUUAGGUCUAGCUUCUAACAUAAAGAAAGAUAACAAAUUGAUGAUUCGUUACUCAACUGAAUCUUUGAUGCCAAGCUUUGACCAACUGAAAUUAUCUCAAAGAACAACCAACAACCCCAAUCUGUUGCUUGGGUCUUCUAAAUUAAAACUAAUUGAACUGUUACUUAUCAUCAAACUCACCUUGUGCCAAUAUAUUGCAACAAUAAGAUAUGAAUUGAAAACAUAGCGCUAUGCUCAUUACGUCACAGUUGGAGAAAAGUAUUGAGUAAUUAAGAAAGAAAAAACAAUCAAUUGAAUUAUAAUUU